AUGGAAGAGAAUUGGUGGUUUCGGCGUCUGUUUCAGAUUUCGAUGCCGGGCAUGAUGGAUACAGUCCUAAACCUUGGACUAAAUGAUGAGGUUGUUGCUGGUUUGGCUGCAAAAAGUGGUGAGCGUUUUGCAUAUGACUCGUACAGAAGGUUCCUCGACAUGUUUGGAAAUGUUGUGAUGGGCAUUCCACAUUCUCUAUUUGAGGAAAAGCUGCAAAAGUUAAAGGAUGAAAAGGGCAUAAAGCUGGACACUGACCUAUCUGCCUCUGAUCUUAAGGAGCUGGUAGAACAGUACAAGAGUGUCUACCUUGAGGCCAAGGGAGAAAAGUUUCCCACAGACCCAAAAAUGCAGUUGGAAUUGGCAGUCAAGGCAGUAUUUAAUUCAUGGGACAGUCCUCGGGCUAUUAAAUAUAGGAGCAUUAAUCAAAUAACUGGGUUGAAGGGAACUGCAGUUAACAUCCAAAGCAUGGUUUUUGGAAACAUGGGAAACACUUCUGGUACUGGUGUUCUCUUCACCAGGAACCCAGGCACCGGUGAGAAGAAGCUCUAUGGGGAGUUUCUGAUAAAUGCUCAGGGAGAGGAUGUUGUAGCUGGCAUUAGAACACCUGAGGACUUGGAUACCAUGAAGAAUUGUAUGCCUGAAGCUUACAAGGAACUUGUUGAGAAUUGUGAAAUUUUAGAAAGACAUUACAAAGACAUGAUGGAUAUUGAAUUCACUGUUCAAGAAAAUAGGCUAUGGAUGUUGCAAUGUCGAUCAGGAAAACGCACAGGCAAAGGUGCAAUAAAGAUUGCUGUGGACAUGGUUAAUGAACGGCUUGUUGACACUAGCACUGCAAUCAAAAUGGUGGAGCCACAGCAUCUUGACCAACUUCUUCAUCCACAGUUUGAGGAUCCAAAUGCUUACAAAGACAAGGUGAUUGCAAAGGGCCUGCCUGCAUCACCUGGAGCAGCAGUUGGGCAGAUUGUCUUUAGUGCUGAGGAUGCUGAAACAUGGCACACGCAAGGAAAGUGUGUCAUUUUGGUGAGAACUGAAACCAGUCCCGAGGACGUUGGAGGAAUGCAUGCAGCUGCCGGAAUCUUGACAGCUAGAGGUGGCAUGACAUCUCAUGCAGCUGUUGUAGCUCGUGGCUGGGGAAAAUGUUGUGUUUCAGGUUGUGGUGACAUCCGCGUAAAUGAUGCUGAAAGGGCUCUAGUUGUAGGAGGUCAAGUAAUUAAUGAAGGAGAAUGGAUUUCACUAAAUGGUUCGACGGGUGAAGUGAUAUUGGGUAAACAACCACUGGCUCCACCUGCCAUGACAGGUGAUUUGGAGAUCUUCAUGUCAUGGGCUGACAAAAUAAGACGGAUUAAGGUGAUGGCAAAUGCAGAUACACCUGAUGAUGCACUUACUGCAAGGAACAAUGGUGCUGAAGGAAUUGGUUUAUGUCGAACGGAGCACAUGUUCUUUGCUUCUGAUGAAAGAAUAAAGGCCGUUAGGAAGAUGAUAAUGGCAAUUUCCCUGGAGCAGAGGAAGGAAGCCCUGGACUCGUUGUUGCCUUAUCAACGAUCUGAUUUUGAGGGCAUUUUCCGUGCUAUGGAUGGUCAUCCUGUCACAAUUCGGCUGCUAGACCCUCCACUUCAUGAGUUUCUCCCAGAAGGCAACCUUGAAGAAAUUGUUGGUCAACUAACUACAGAUACAGGCAUGUCAGAAGAUGAAGUUUACUCGAGGAUUGAGAAAUUAUCAGAAGUGAAUCCAAUGCUUGGAUUUCGAGGAUGCAGACUUGGAAUAUCGUAUCCGGAGUUGACAGAAAUGCAAGUGCGUGCAAUUUUUGAGGCUGCAGCCUCUCUUAGAAAUCAAGGCUUUACAGUACUCCCAGAAAUUAUGGUGCCCCUUGUUGGAACACCUGAGGAAUUAGGGCAUCAAGUAAGCUUAGUACGAAAUGUUGCUGAAAAAGUCUUCUCAGAGAUGGGUGCCUCACUGAGCUAUAAGGUGGGAACCAUGAUAGAAAUCCCAAGAGCUGCUCUUGUUGCAGAUGAGAUUGCCAAGGAAGCAGAAUUCUUUUCCUUUGGGACAAAUGACCUCACUCAAAUGACAUUUGGGUACAGUAGAGAUGAUGUUGGCAAGUUUCUCCCCAUUUACUUGGCUAAAGGCAUUCUACAAGCAGAUCCAUUUGAGGUACUUGAUCAGAAGGGUGUCGGCCAACUCAUCAAGAUCGCUACAGAAAGAGGCCGUGCAGCGAGGCCGAGCUUGAAGGUCGGAAUUUGUGGAGAACAUGGAGGGGAACCUUCUUCUGUUGCCUUCUUUGCUGAGGCCGGACUUGACUAUGUUUCAUGCUCUCCAUUCAGGGUCCCCAUUGCAAGGCUAGCAGCAGCUCAAGUUGCAGCAGUAGAAUGACAAGGAAUUCUGGGCAAAAAAGCCCUUCUGCUGUCUGUUCCAUCGGGAUAGUUGUGCAUAAAUAAGUAUACAUGUAUAGUCGUUGCAGAUGAACAUUGAGAUAAAAAGUCCAUGUAAUGUAGAAACAAAUCAAAGGGCAAUAUGCUGGAUGUUGCUGUGCAUAUAAUAAAUAGUUGAUUGAAGCAAAGGAAAUAUGUGAAUAUUUUUGUUAUGUUUCUCA